CGCAACCUGGCGAGUACCAGCACCGCGCACAGUCUGCUGCCUUACGUCGUCAUUUGGAAAUAACUCUGCAAAUGUUACUAGGUGCGCAACUAAUAGCGAAUUCGAUUGGAAGCACUAGUGCGCACUAGUGCACACUGAGUGCGCACCGAAUGCAUCCCCUUUCAAGUUUUAGUAUUCGGUUGUCUUGCAUUCCACUAGGUCAAAAAUCUGCAUGUUCGGUUGACAGUAUACUGGAAACGGGCGCUAGGGAAAAAGUAUUCGAUUGAGCUGCAUUAUUCUAGUGCAGUGAUAGUUAAUAUUCGGUGGAGGUGCACCGCACUCAUGCAAAAGGCACUGAUUUGCACUGAGAUUUUCGUCAGUGCGGUUCAGUGCAGUGAUGGAUUAACCAACGAUGACUGAAAAAGAAGAAAUAGCAAUUAAUAUAUUAUUAUUAGAUGAACUGUUAAAUAGUUCAAGUAGUUCUAGUGAGGAGGAAAUGAUGGCAAUAUUAAUGACAAGUACUACAGAAAUUCCAAAAGUUCGGAAUAUGAUGGAUAUUGUUAACGAAUAUUCUGAUGAAGAAGUUUGCAGGAAACAAAUCAGUCAUAUUAGAUGUUGCAUCCAGAUUUAAUAUAGCAGAAUCUAUGUUUUAUGCUAUCACAUCAAACAUUAUGAAGUUUUUCAAUGAUAUUGCUCCAAAUAUAAUAAAAAUGCCUAACACAGAAGACAGAAAAAGAAAGGUUGUUCGAGAAUUUGAAGAUAUAUGUGGAUUUCCUGGAAUUCUUGGAUACAUUGAUGGAACAUACAUUAAAAUUAGAAUGCCUGCUAAAAGAAUCAAAAGUACCUAUGUUAACAGACAUGAUUAUCCAUCUUUAACGUUACAAGCAGUUUGUGAUGCCAACAAGUUAUUUUUAGAUGUUUUCACUGGUCCUCCUAGUAAAGUACAUGAUGCAAGAAUAUUUCAAUUAUCAUUUUUAAGUAAUGAAAUACAAAAUAUAUCAGAAGAUUAUCACUUAUUAGGCGAUGCGGCAUACCCUUUAAAAAAAUAUCUGUUAACACCGUGUAGAGAUUAUGGUAAUCUCACAGCUGCUCAACGAAAUUAUAAUCAUAAAUUAUGUACAACUAGAGUGAAAAUAGAAAAUGCGUUUGGAUUAUUAAAACAAAAAUUUAGGCAAUUAAUGCAACUAAAUUUUCUCACAGUUAAACGUUCUGCUAAUUUUAUUAUUUCCUGUUGUGUAUUAUACAACUUAUGUAUUAUUAAUAAUGACUAUUUAGAUAAUUUAGAUAUUGAAAACAUUGAAUAUAAUGAGGGACAUGUUUAUAAUGAACAAAAUCCAAAUGAUAGGAUGGAUGGUGAGACAAAAAGAGAUAUUAUUUGUAAUUUAUUGGCUUUUAAUUAAUUAACAUAAGUAUACAUGUAUGCACAAAUAAAACUUUCUACAAUACAAAAUAAGAUUUAU